AUGCCAAUGCUAUACCUAAUUGAUGGCUUGAAAUUGGUAAAUGAAUCUGAGAUCCCGUUGUUGCAUGAAUUCAAUGGGGUUGCAAAAGAAAAUGGGACCUCCAUUGAGAUGCUUCAACCUUCGCGAUUUCUGAAAGAAAUUCCAAAUCAUCUACGAGAAGUCCAGGCUGACGUAAGUACAGAAGGCUUGCAAUCAAAGCAUCAUGACACUUCAAAAGAAACUACUCCGUCAACAGAUGAUCUGAAACCAAAUCUCCUACCUUCUGAAGUUAUUACAGUGCAAAAUGAUCUCCAUCAUAGUAAAUUUGACGUUGCCUCUGCAGAAUUGAUGGAAUUUGGGGAGGAAAACCAUGGAAAUGGCUUCUUAAAAAGAUUCAGUGUGGAUGAGAGAUCAAUUUUCUCGCAUGUAUUUAAUGACUGGGCUAAGAAGGAAGCAUUUCAAGAUCCUAAGAGAUUACUUGACAAGAUUGGUUUUGUAAUAGAUGAACGCAUACGAGCCAAGAACUACAAACACAAGGACGGUUUGCGCUCACUCAAAUCUUGCUUGAAAGAUGAAGAUGCAUUUCAUUAUGCCCAAUAUCUACUUUAUUUCAAUAGGUUUGUACACAUAAUUGGUUUUGAGAUGGCAGAAAAUACCUGCAGAUCAACGCGCUCAUUUGAUGAGGGAAAAACAGGUUAG